CAUACUCACUUCCGGUUUACAGAAAAAUGGCAUCAACUCCGCUGAACGAUUUCGAUUCCUGGCAAGUACCUGAUCUAAAGCAUUUUCUAUCAACGAAGGGAAUUACAUGUUCCAUCUAUCUGAAGAGACAUCUUAUUAAAUUAUGUAAAUUGGCGGUAGAAAUCAAUUUAGAAGAUCUAGACGUAAACAAUAAUGACUUUGGUGCUUUCGACGUGCAACGCCGAACAGUAAAUAAAGUUGUGUUACCACACAUUAAGGAUAUUUCUGUCGAUAAAUGGUCAUCAGAUUUGAAAACAUUACCUGACAUAGAGAUAGGAGAUGUUAUGGUGUGGCUUCUCCGUGUAGGAUGGGACCCCCCACGUUUGAAAAUGUAUAAACAGGACAAUGGCUACAAACUGUAUACCAGUUCACAUGUUGACAAUGUCAAACUUCAUUAUUUUGAAAAUGUAGCAUGCUUCUAUAUUAAGUGUCAGACAGUCCCAGAAACCAGGCAACAGGCAGCACCCUACCAGACAUGGAUUCUCGUCAAUGAGGGUGGACAAGUACAGUCAGGUGGAUGCUCGUGUGUUGCAAAUGAUGGUUCGUGCAAACACUGUACAGCACUUCUUUUUUCCCUUUGUUCAUUCAAUGAAAGACACAAAGACAGACACACACUAGUCGGAACUGAUGUCUUAUGCUCAUGGGAUAAACCACGCUCUGCAUCACGACCUGAAAAAAUUCAGAAUGUACAGGUUCACAACUCCAAUUCGACAGCUGAAAAUGAUCAACACGGCCCUUGUCAUACUGUAUACAACCCUUGUAAAGGUCUUCAGAAUGAACGUGAGAUUGAAAAAAAAUUAUUUGAUAUGUGCAAGGACUCUAAUUCACUUUUACUAGAAACACUUGACCCACCAUCUGAUUAUGAAGAUACUAGUGAGGAUAUUCCAGGAUUACAUGAAGUAAUCAAAGAGGCAAGUCUAAAGAAUAUUUCUGUAACUUCACAUUUACAAGCUGUAUUUAAUCCAGAAACCAUCUUGAGAAUAGCAGAUAUAACCAAGGAUCAGAGUACAGGUAUAUGUGAUGAAUGGAAAAGACACAGACAUGGACGUAUAACUGCAUCUGUUUUCUCAAAAGUGUUGCAUUUUCGAGGAUCAAAAUCUUAUGAAAAUUACAUUGUACGAGAAAUAAUGCAACUGGGGAGUCAAAUGUUCCAGCAAUUGCAUAUGGAAGAGAGAAUGAAGCUGUGGCUAGACAGUUGUACUUUGAUGAAUACAAGAAAGGACAUAAGUGUGCAAAAUUGA